UACUUAAAACAUCUUUUUCAAUUCAUUAUAUAUCAUUUCUAUGGUGUAAGCUUCCAUCUUGAGUCGCAGGCGUAGUCCAAUUCUGGCUCAACCCUUCCUCACUAAGCUUCAGAUUCCCGUGCUCCUUUGACACACCACAGACCUGUCUCUUUUCCCUUCCAGGGCUACGAAAUCCACGUUACGCCUAACGUCAACCUGGAGCUGGAGGACAUGAGGAACAUCGUGCAGUGCGGUGGCGGGAAGUUCUUACCCAGAAUGCCUCGAGCCUACAAGGACAAGUGCGUUGUGAUUUCCUGUCCCGAAGACCUGCCCCGCUGCAAAGCAGCUCAGGACGCCAGACUCCCAAUCGCCAACGCAGAGUUCAUCCUGACAGGUAUAUUGCAGCAGAAGCUGGAUGUGGACGCCCACCGGCUGAACGGGAUGAGCCCCCCCUCCGUUGCCACUCCCCGACCAGGACGAGGAGGAAGAGGGCGGCUGCAGCGCCAGCAACCCCAGCCUUGCCCAGCACAGCCAAGAGGCGGCGUUGAGACCGAAGCGCAGCCCAUUACAUGGUGACGUUGCCUUAAACUUGUAAAUAACUCUUUUGUGUUGUUUUUUUUUACCACUGUCAAUAAAAUGGGUAUAAAAAACAA